UUGAGAGGAUCUGCCAGGAAGAAUGGGAUAAUCUGCCCAGAUCCAGCCCCAGCAGCACCCUUGCAGCUUCCUGCAGCCACUGUGGGGCCUCCUCCAUCAGCUUCUCCAUCAGCUGCUUCCAGCACAGAGCACAGCAGCUGGCCACAGGUGGAGAAACCCCAGUGCUUCAGUGUGGACAAGGAGAUGAAGCAGAGUCCAGAUAGGGCCAGCAGGGCUCCUCCUCCUCCUCCCCCUCCUCCACAAAGGUUCCAUGCUGUCAGUUCAGGUGUUACCACAGGAAGGUCAGGAGAGGUGAUAAUCACCACCAGGAAAGAGCUGGUUGCAGCACAGGAUGAGGGUGAGAAAGGGAAACAAGAGAGAGAGCCUGCUGUGGUCCCUCUGCCCAAACCCCCAAGACAGGCACCAGAGGUCAAAUCCAAACCCCAGUUGUAUGCUCCUGCACCUCUGACUGUUUCCAAUUCAAACCCUACAGCCUCAGUACACAGGGAGGAAGAGGAGGAGGACAACAAAUUCAUGAAAGAGCUGCAGACAUCCAGCAGCAGCUCCAACUCAUCUCCUCUGCGAUCCCACACCAAGUCUCACUGCUCGUCCUCCUCGGGCUCACCAGAGAAGACACCUGAAGGUCAGCAGCAGGCAACCCAGAAGCAGCCCAGCAAGCUACGUGUUGUCGUCAUGCCACGCUAACGCCAGCCUGGCCCACCACGGGCUUCGAAGCAGCAGAAGCAAACACCAGCACCACCUCAUCCUCGC